CAUGAAGAAUCUGGAUCUGAACCAGUUUCUGGACAAAGAUAUUGAUAUUUCUCGGUACUUCAGUCAACAUGAGCUGAAUGAUAUUGGAAUUCAUCAGCAAACAAGACUGAAAAACAUUGCACAGAAUUAUGAGAUUAUGCUUUAUAUGGGUUUGCCUGCAAUUAAACCUGACUUCAUGAAAGGUUGUUCAAAUAGAGCCAAGGAAUCGAAAAAAAGGAACCAGGUCAGCCAUACUACCACUCUACCUACUAAGAAUAAAAUCACAUGUUCUGAUUCAGACAGUGAUGAAACUUGGACUCCAGAUUUAGAAAGAAAGAAAAGAGCUAAAGGUAUUUUGUGAUUGCUCAAGUCAAGCAAGACAUUUUCCAUUUUUCUUUAUAUUCACUUCAAGAAAGUUUAGAUAUUUUGCAACAAAACAAGAUUGAAUCUGAGAAAGGAAACAUUUUUUAAAGCUCAAGUUUUUUGUGUAAAAAAAUUGGAGCUUUUCCAUAGUUACCUUAACUAACUUACUGUUAUGUUGUCAUUGAAGUUGCUGUCUGAAAAUAAUGCAUUA